UUUAUGCAAAUACUUUUUUCUCGUAUAUCUAUGUCUUCUAUUUCGCCCGACGUGCCACCAACCAUAACAUAUAGAGGAUAUUUACGGCGUUUCUGAUUUAUUAUUUAUUAAAGACUUCACGAACGAUCUUAUGUUUGUUCUAAAGUCAUUAGGGAAGUAUAUCUGGGGCAAUUCGCGAUCCCCAGAAUUGGUCCAAAUUCCUUAUGGACGGUUAUUUUCCGUACAUAAAGACUACAGAGAGUGCAUCUUUAAUGAUGCUACCGCCUCUAUUCGUAGAACUACCGCUGAAUUUCAGUAUCAGCUUGUGAUCCAAAGAGCUUAUGAGGAGGGAGAAGAUGAACUGGAAGAGGAUGAAGCUGAAGACGAACAGAGUUUCCUGUUGGAUGAGAGUCUCCACUUGCGGUUCGAUGUACAAAAAGAUUCCAUUCGUUUAAUGUGGGACAAUCCAGACUUUCAAGAUGGAACGAUGUACGAAUUUGUUUGCGAAUCUGGACUACAAGACGGUGUUGCUAGUACGUUUGAAAUGGUAGCCCUUCAAUGUAUGUAUGAACGGAAAUAUCGCCAAUCGCAUUCAAAGGCGACGCUUGCGGAUUUGGAACAAUUCAGCUACUCCAUUGAAGAUGAUGAACCAGAAGAAACGAAUAUUACACAUAAGAUUGAGACUGUAAAGGCCCCUAUAAAACAGGUCGAACGGCCCGCUUCAAUCUACGAAGAAGAAGAUGAUGAUGAGGAAGACGAGAUUGCUGCUUUACAAAGCAUUGUGCAGCAAAAAUUAACGAUUGAUGAUCACGUUGAAAAAGAACAUACUGCACCAGAAACUACUACUAUUGUUGAGCCGGUUGAGCCAACGCAAGAGGCUUCAGAACAGACCGUUGACAACGAUGCUGAUGCGGAGCAUGACGAUGAAGGUGAAGGUGACUCUAUUGAGGGUGAGCUUCUAGGAAGCGUGCAAGCCGAACUGCAUCUGUUCGAUUCGGAAGAAGAAACUUUUAUGCUCCAAGAUGAGAUCGUGGAAGCAGGCGUUUAUGAUUUGGGUAAUUGGAAAUAUUGGCUUUGGAUAUCCUCGGGCGAGAAAACCUGGCUUAGUCAGCCGGUUGAGCCGGAAAUGAAUCCUGUCUUCUCUUUUGAGCACCUUUCUUUCAUUUGGAAUUAUUUCGAUGAAGAUGGUCGCGCUUUCUCAUGGUUACUGCGUUUUGAUGAUCAGGAUGCUAUGGAAAAGUUUCAAGAAGUGCUAAUGCGAGCACUUUGGGAAACGUUGAAUCAGCAAAGAUGGUUGAAGAUUAAGGAUGACGACCGGGAAUACGUGCUUGAUGCGUUCAAUGAAGACGAGGAAAUGGAAGAUGUGGAAGAACAUGCUUCUGAGCGUGAAGAAGACAGUAGUCCGGAACUUAUGAUGGAAGACUCGGUAGCUCCAUUUGGUCAAGAAAGCGAGAGUGAAGUUAGUGACGACGAGGAUGAAAUUGCGAACAGGAAGGCUAUCCGGUCUAAAAAGGGCCUUUCCGAUGACGAACAAAAUAGUUUAUUGGCGGUUGGUUAUAAAAAUGACCGUUCUUAUGUUGCUCGCGGUAAUCGCAUUGGCGUAUUCAAGCACACCGAUGAUAAUCAGCUCAAGUUUCAAACGGCAAUUGAGAACUUGCAGACAUCCACUGGUCAAAAGGUUCGUCCCAAGAAAAUUAUGUUACAUAACCAGGAUUCGUCGAUCGUCUUCCAGGACGAACGUAUUCCUAAUAAUCUAUAUCACAUGGAUUUGGAACGUGGAACAAUUGUUGAUGAAUGGAAGGUGCAUGAGGAUGUUCCUGUGGUCACUUUCGCUCCUGAUAAUAAGUUUGCUCAAAUGACACCUGAGCAAACACUAGUGGGUAUCUCCAACAAUUCGCUCUUCCGUAUUGAUCCUCGCCAACGGGGAAGCAAGGUGGUGAAUGAUCAAUUCAAGCAAUACGUUACCCGGAAUGCCUUCAGUGCCGCGGCUACUACUGAAAAAGGCUACAUCGCUGUGGCCAGCAGCAAAGGUGAUAUUCGGUUAUUUGACCGUAUUGGUAUUAAUGCAAAGACUGCCCUUCCAGCAUUGGGAGAACCGAUUAUCGGUGUUGAUGUCACAGCUGACGGUAACUGGGUUCUUGCAACAUGUAAGACAUACUUGCUACUUAUUGACGCUCGAAUUAAGGAGGGUCGUUAUGCUGGUAAGCUUGGCUUUGAACGUAGUUUCAGCAAGAAUAGUAAACCAAAGCCCAAGCGCCUGCAGUUAAGUCCACAACACAUUGCCAUGAUGCAAAGCGAACUUCAAGGUUCUACAAGCUUUACACCUGGAAAAUUCAACACAGGUAUCGAAGCAACGGAGACUACCAUCGUUUCGAGCAUAGGACCCUAUUUAAUUACUUGGAAUUUGGAACGUGUGAAACGCGGAAAGACCGACAAAUACAAGAUUCGACGUUAUGAAGCCGAAAUUAAAGCUGACGAUUUCCGUUUUGGUACAGACCGGAAUUUAAUUGUUACAUUGCCUAAUGAUGUUGCCAUGAUUGAUAAGUCUAGUUUGCGUAAGCCAACGCGAGAAUCUAUCUGUACGCCUAUGCGAAACCUCGCAUCUAAACAUGACAUUGUGAAUGCUCCAUAUUAGACUUUUAUGUUUUCAGAUAAAGGAGUUCUUGAUAAAUGGACGCAAAUUAACAAUCAUCAAGUAUUCCUCUGGUUUCUGUGUAUAAAUAUGGCAUUCCUCGCCACGCUGCAAUGACUAUUGCAGGUUACCUUAUAGUAAAGAUAUGUGUAUUUCGUUCUAUAUAGAAAUUGAAAGUUUUAGAAGUUCACGCACGACGUAACAAUCCUUGAUGAGAGAAAUAACAAACAAUUAAUUGCUACUAUAACCUAGCACUCACUCAUAGAAACAAUCUUCCCCUCAUUCAGUCAUAUAUCAAUUGAUGUGGCAUCACG